ACACACACACACACACACACACACACACACACACACACACAGAGGCUCAGAUGACAGCUGUUUAAACUGGAAAUAUUAAACGCCAGAACUCAAGGCUGUUGAGUUUUUUGGCAGGUUUUUUCGGGGUAGGGGGGUCUAAUGUUCCCUGCACCUUUCGAUUUAGCAGCGUGCUGUCGAAGUCACUGAAGCUCUUUUAUUCUCCAAAUCCACCUUCUAACAGCCUCCACUCCACAGGGGGGGAGGGUAGUGUGUUUGAGCUCAUAACAGAGUGCAGAUGCUCGUUUCCACCCUUCACCAGCUUAUACAGUGCUUAAUAUCCCCUCCUUAUGUAUUCAUGUAUUCGCAACGGGGCACAGCCAGUCACCGGCUCUCCAUAAUAAUGCAAACACCUGUUCGUCAGAGCUGCUCCACCUGCCUGUAACCUUCACUCUCUGAAUAUUGGACCUCGCAGCGUAGCUUUGUGUUCGCACUCUUUGGUCGAAUGUCUUCAGCUUAACUCCCGUCCCCAAGCAAAGACUCGUGACCCAGAAUGGAUGGCAGCCUCCUGUAAGUCAGGGCCUGGCACAGAGAGGUUGUGGCCUCAGGGCAGGGGCAGGCGGGGGCUCUGCGGCGGCAGACACUCGAACCCUCCGGUCAUGCCGUCGGGGGUGCAGCCGUGCUUCCAGUUGCUCCGGAUCGGCUCGUCAGCCGGGGACUCGGUGCGGGACCUGUACACGUUCAGGCCGGCGCUGAGCCACUCUGUGUUCCGGCUGGGCCACGCGGCGGAGCUGUGCGACGUCACGCUGGACUCCACGUCGGUGUCGCGGAUCCAUGCCGAGCUGCACGCCGAGAGGGAAGCGGGCGAGGGCACCGCGGCGCUGCAGGAGGAGGGCUGGAGGGUCCACAUCAAGGACAGGAGCAGUCAUGGCACCUGGGUCAACGAGGUCCGCCUCCAGCCCGGCGUCCAGUGGGAGCUCUCAGACGGCGACACGCUGACCUUCGGGGGCCAGUCGGCUCCCAGGAGCCCCGAGUUCUACUUCCUCUUCCAGAAGGUCAAAGUUCGCCCGCUGGACUUCGAUGCUAUCACAAUUCCGAAGGCGGGCACCUUUUCCUCCGACCUACAGAACCGCAUCAGAACCAACCUGGGCCGCAAGGUGGCCGCCAACCUGGACCUGUCCAAGAUGUCCAUCAACCGGGCCACCGUCAUCCUCAACUCCAUCGGCAGCCUGAGCAAGAUGAAGGGCAGCGCCUGGACCUUCAAGAGGAGCCUCAGCCUCGGGGGGGCCACCUCGGACCCCGGCUCCUCCUCCUCGCCUCCUCUGGCCGCGGGCUUGUCCUCCCUGCUGCCGCCCUCCACGCCUCCGCCGUUCUCCUCCGUGGCUUCGGCGCCCUCUGCCAAGUCCCUCCAGCCGACCUCCAGGAGCAGGAGGAAGUCGGCCCACACGGUGCUGCUCGAGGACGACAGCUCAGACGAGCCCAGGAGCCGAGGAGCUCCAGCAGGAGUCCUGGAGGACGGCCAGCGGUCCAGGGGGAAGAAGAGGCGGCGGCUCUACAAGUCUGAGUCGGAGACUUUCAGCUCUCCGCCUCCUCUGCCGCUGCAGCCCAAGAGCCGCGAGGAUGUCCGGCGGCCGCUGGAGGCCAAGCCCUUCCCCGUCGGCAUCAGGACCAUCGGCAGCUUCCACGGCGCCAUGACCAACAGCAGACUCAACCACCACCUCCAGGCGUCACUCGCCAGCGCCGCGGUCCACAAGCAGGAGGUGCAGGCGCUGCGCCGGGUCCAGACGGUGGUGCACAGCAACAUCGCGGCUUUCCGCCAGCAGAAAGCGACGCACUGCUCCCCAGCGGCGCAGAGGGGCCGGAGGAGGGCUCACAGCUCCCCGGUGUUCUCCCCUCUGGUGGUCGGAGGGGAGAACUACAGCCUGGCCUCGCCUUCGGUGAGGAUCCGCACGGAGGCGAGGGGCCGGGUGCAGUUCAGCAGGUUUCACCAUCCUACCAGUAAGCGUCGAGGCCGCCCCAGAAAACACCUGCCCCCCCCCCGGCCCUCCCUUCCCUCCCCGUCCUCCUCUUCCUCUUCCUCCACCUCCUCUGCCUCCUCCUCCUCGUCCUCCUCCUCUUCUUCCUCCUCAGAGGACGAGGAGGAGGAAGAGGCUGCGACGGGCGGGGCGGUGGAGCCGUGUGCGGCGCUGCGGUGCCGGCUGCCCCAGCAGGACAUGGUGCAGUGGAUCCAGUGCGACGUGUGUGACGCCUGGUUCCACAUAGACUGUCUGCACGUGGACCGCAAGAAGCUCCUGAGGGACCCCAACGCAGACUUCCACUGCGGAUGUCACUGAUAUGACGAUGAAAUGAGACGCUUGCCACAUUUCCCCCUUAAAUGUUUAUUUCCUUCAGCCGCACUCACCAGACCUUUCACCGAAGAAAGAAAAGGAGUUUCAUUCAAAUUUACAUUUUUUUGUUUUUCUCCAUCCUGAUCUUUCCAAGUUUGAGGAUUCGUGACCGAGCAGUGCCGCUCAGUUUCAUGACUAAAACACGCGGGGAAAUGUUUGUGAGCACCGAGCUGGUCGUUGACCAGCGUUCAGC